UUUUAAAUCAGGACACACCUUCCUCCACACACACUUCCCACUACAGAGGAAGAGGCAGGUGUGGGGUUUCAGUGCUCCCAGUUACGGACCAUUCACAGCCUCACAGGCGUCCAUUCAAGCCGCCGGGCUGUCGCAUCCUCUGCAUGGCAACGGGAGGAGGAGGCAGCCCAGGAUGAGGGAGGGUACCACCGCCCCACGUGUCUUCCCCCGCCGCAGACCAAACGCAUUUCCCCUUCGCUUUCCCAUCCCUUGGUUUCCGCAUACCGCAGAUUUCGCGUAUAUAUGCAGGCUGCCACACACGUACACACACAUCCACACGGCCGUACUACGCCACCCGCGCCGCCUCGCGGAGCAGCGCGUCCGUUAUGCGCGCUCUGCCGUUCCACAGUGUUUCCAUCACCGAUCCCCUCUCUACACCUGGAUCGAUUCGUUUUUCAUCACUCUGAUAUGCAAUUCCAAAUUCUCCGUAGCUGUGUUGGCCGGAGCUGAGAGGGCGAGAGGUAGAGAGGGGGAGAGAUGAGAGGACGCGCAUCAUCAGAUGUGUAGCAGAUUAACUUUGGAUCAUCGCCAUCGUCUCUGCUGUGCGUUUCUUGGUCGUUUCCCUCCUCUCCACCUACCGGGUUCUUGGCAUUUUGCGGCUCUCGAUGCUGUAAUCCGGGGGAAUAUGUGAAGAUCAUGCUGUCGGUGUGGUGCUUCAUGGUCUUUGCUGCAGUGGGCGAGAGGCUUGCAGUCUCAGGUGUGGACGAGAGUCCAGAGAAGGAUGGCAGCAUGUGGGACUGGUUUGCCCCACCAGGUCAGCUGGACAGUGGAGACACGGAGGUCAUUUAUCCAAAACGGCUGGUGCAGCAGAUCAAGUCGGAGGAGGAGAUGGCUCACGACUACUUAGACACCAGGGUGAAGAACAGUAGUGGGAACAGCUUGCCUGUCCACCUGGCCCAGAGCUCUUUCCAAGUGGAAGCCUUUGGACACACCUUCAUCCUAGACCUGGAACUAAACCACCACUUACUGUCAUCAGAUUAUACGGAGCGGCACUUUAACCUGGACGGCAGACCCCUGCAGUCUCUGGGAGGGGAGCACUGCUACUACCAGGGAAGGUUAAGAGACCUACCAGAGUCCUGGGCGGCUGUGUCCACCUGUCACGGCCUGUGUGGGAUGUUUUCCGAUGGUUUCUUCUCUUAUGGGAUGGAGCCCAUUCAUAACAAGAGCAAUCAGGAUGAUGGUGCUCACCUCAUACAUAGGAUGCCCGAUAUCAGGCUGUCCCCUUACUGCCCAGACUGCACAGAGGACAGCGAGUUGGACAGCAGAGGAGGUGACGAUGGCGCUGACAAAUUGGACCAAACGACGGAGCAGCAGGUGUCUGGGGGGCUGAGAAGAUCCAAGAGAUUUGUUCGGAAGCCCUCUGUCCAGACUGAAACCAAAUAUAUCGAGCUGAUGGUCGUCAACGAUAAUGACAUGUUUGUACAGCUGCGUCGCUCCAGCAGCCAAACCAAGAACUUUGCCAAAGCUGUGGUCAACACGGCGGAUACGAUCUUUCAGGAACAGCUGAACACGAGGAUCGUGCUUGUCGCCAUGGAGACCUGGACCUCUAAAAAUAUGAUGCCUGUCGUGGAGGACCCAUUGAUAACACUGCAGAACUUUAUGAAGUACAGGAGGGACAACGUCAAGGAGCAGAGCGAUGUUGUUCAUCUUUUCUCAGGGCGUACAUUCCACAGCAGCCGCAGUGGGACAGCCUUUACUGGAGGGGUGUGCUCUUCAACCAGAGGAGGAGGAAUUAAUGAGUAUGGGAGUGUAGGUGCCAUGGCCAUCACAUUGUGUCAGAGUCUUGGCCAGAACAUCGGGAUGAGGUGGAACAACGCACGGACCUCUGCAGGUGACUGCCGGUGCCCAGAUGCCUGGGUUGGCUGCAUCAUGGAGGACACCGGAUUCUAUCUGCCCAGAAAGUUUUCUCGCUGCAGUAUCGACGAGUACAUCCAGUUCUUGCUCCAAGGGGGUGGGAGCUGUCUCUUCAAUAAGCCAAGCAAGUUGUUGGACCCUCCAGAGUGUGGAAAUGGCUUUGUAGAGCCAGGGGAGGAGUGUGACUGCGGAUCCCAGGUGGAGUGUGCCCGCAGCGGAGGAGCCUGCUGUAAGAAGUGCACCCUUACCCAUGAUGCCAUGUGCAGCAAUGGCCUCUGCUGCAGCGGCUGCAAGUACGAGCAGAGGGGUGUUGUGUGUCGGGAGGCCGUGAACGACUGUGAUAUUCCAGAAACCUGCACUGGAGACUCCAGCCAGUGUCCUCACAAUGUCCACAAGCUGGACGGCUACAUGUGUGAUAGCAGCCAGGGUCGAUGUUAUGGUGGACGAUGCAGGACUCGGGAUGGACAGUGCAAGGGACUCUGGGGCUAUAGCUCGGCAGACAGGUUUUGUUAUGAGAAACUGAAUGCGGAGGGCACAGAGAAGGGAAACUGUGGCCGGCGUCCAGAAGGGCAAGGCUGGCUGCAGUGCAACAAGCCGGAUGUUUUAUGUGGCUUCCUGUUUUGUGCAAACAUCACAACGAAGCCUAAGUUUGGUGAUCUCCAAGGUGAGGUGACCAGCUUCACCCUCUACCAUCAGAACAAAUACCUGGACUGCAGAGGGGGCCAUGCUUUGCUGGAGGAUGGCUCAGACAUGGGCUAUGUGGAGGAUGGCACUCCCUGUGGUCCCAACAUGAUGUGUUUGGAGAGACGCUGCCUCCCUGUGGCAGCGUUCAACCUUAGCACAUGUUCAGGAUCCAACUUUGGACGCAUUUGCUCAGACCAUGGGACGUGCAGUAAUGAGGUCAAGUGUAUCUGUGACAGGGACUACACAGGGAAGGACUGCAGUGUUUUUGAUCCCAUCCCUGAGCCUACAGUUCCGACGGGCCCCGAGAAGAAAGGUCCCAGUGGCACCAAUAUCAUAAUAGGGUCCAUCGCAGGUGCUAUUCUCCUGGCAGCUAUAGUCCUAGGGGGCACAGGAUGGGGAUUUAAGAACAUUCGAAGAGGAAGAUCUGGAGGAGGAUAAUGUCUUUGUCUGUGUCACUGUCUGUGUCCUGUCCACCUUUGUCUUCCUCCUCGCACUGUGUCGUUUCCACAUUGAAGAAGAGGGGAAUAAAAAAUACAAAAAGUCUUCCAUCUCAAUCCCCAAACCUCUCCAAACCUCUUCAGACUCUCAUAUCCUCCACGCUCCCGUCUGCUCCUUCCAUCUGAUCGCCCUCAUGGCCCCUCCCGCCAUGGGGCCUGAGGAGCUCCUCUCACCCUGCCAGAGAAGUCCUUCUCAUGUCCGCUGAGGACCACGUCCAGGUUUGCCAAGAGUGAGACGGUGGCUGUCUGAGGGGAGGAAUCAGAUUCCUCCCCCAGCUCUGGGGCUCUGCGAACGCGCUUUGGCGUCUCCUCCUCACACUCGGGUGAAGAACAUGUCAACAGUGGACCAAUUUGCUAAGAGACUUGUCUUCCCAAAACCUACCUGCCUGCUCACAAACUCGACCUGCCACUAAAUGAGCCCACAGAAAAAUGCUGGAUCAACACACAGACUGAGUCUUUACCUUUUCUUCUUAAACUAAAAAGGACGUGGGGCUCAGUUCCUUCAAGCCGGACCUUGAGUAGGUGCAUCUUGAAAUAGACAGUGACACAUUUGAAACUAACUUUAGCUACAGAGGAAAUAUGAAGGAGAGACAGAGAUGUUAGUGUAUUUUCCAAAAAAAGACUGAGGAGGUACUGAUGAACAGAGAUGCCAUCUGUUUUGAAUUUGAGGUGUCCCAACUCCCCCACCUCCCAACACGAUAUCAGGUAUAAAAAAGGGAAGCUAGGUGUUAUGGUUUUGGGAUCAUUUUAAAUAACACUGAACUAUCGAACAACAGAGACCGUAACUUAGUGUUUUCAACAUCGGAUUGACCAACAUACAUUCCACUUUAUCCGUGUCUUUACACCACUUCCAAAGUUUGUCAGAGGUUUACUCUGUAUGUCUGUUCAGGGGUGAAUGUAUGGAUGUGAGAGAUUUUUAAAGAAAAGAAUGUAUGUGCGCUUUCCUUAAUGUUAGGGGCAGUCGUGUCCACCAAAACGUUACACUCCUAUCACAGGUAGAUAGGCAGGUUUUUACCUCUAGUCUAGAGGACCAUCUCUUUCUACAACGUGUUUGCUGCAGCCAUGGUUCCAUAAAGGCAGCACCUCCAAACCAGUUUUUAUGUCGUCCAUCUACAGGAAGCGAGCACUUGCCCACUGUAUGCACACCCAUUUGUAAAUAUGUGCAGAAUAUCCUGAAUGUUAAAUGCAAUGUAUGAAGAUUUAUUUAAAACUAUGUUGAAAUGAUUAGUUUUAUCUGUUUCUGCAAACAUUUAGCUCUCAGUAGCGUGGCAUAGCCUGCAUCUCCAAAUGGAACCCCCCCCCCCCUCCCCAUGCAUCUUUUAAUGUGGCAGAACAGCUGAACUAGCCAUCGUCUUUCACUCAAGUGAAAUCUUUUGUACAUUUGUUGAUAGCCCUCGGUGACCGCCUCGGCACAGAAACUUUAUAUUGAUCCUCUCUGUAAAUGAGAUUAAAAAGAUGUGGUUUGGGGGGCCAAAAGGAAGCUUGUGUGCCACUGUACGCGUGUAUGAGGUCAGUUUGGUUUGUUUGAGCUUUGCACUAUGGAUGAUGCACUGCUGUUGUUUUGAUUUGUACAGCGCAGGUAUCAAAUACAAUCGGAAAGAGAAGGAAAAAAAAAAUCAAGGCAAAGUGUAGUGCAUCUUGCUCCAUAUUUUUAUGGAUCUGUCUUUUUGAACUGGAACAGUGGAAGAGUGAUUCCUGUUGAUGGAUUUAGGUGAAAAAAUAAAACAAAAGAUGAAACCACCACCCCGUCUCUCAAAUCUCACUUCCUGUCUUUCUUAGAAUUCAAUAGCAUUCAAUCGUCUUGAAAGAUUUACAGAAUCCACAGAGAUCUCUGUGUGGAAGGAAUACCCAAAUGGUUGUGUUCUUCAGGCCAAAUGCAAACAAACUGGGAAAUUUAGCAGUUUCCUAAUUGUCUCAUGAUAUCCAAAACUUUACCCUUUAUCUUGUAAAUAAUUUAUUUUCUUGUUUUAAAGUGUCUGAUUUGUUUGACUCUAAUGGACAUUUCCUAAAUGUGCUAAUUUUUUCAAAGCAUUUCUCAAUAAAAAAAAGAGUGUGUAGUACAGAGGAUUACUCUGAGAUUAAAUAAGAAAAAUUAUAUCA